AUGAUUUUGUCCAAAGAAAUUCGUGAGCUCAAACAGACGACCGGGACAGAAGCCAGUAUCUUUGUCGUGACCAAGGACAACAAGCUCUAUUGUGUCAACGGGCAACACCGCUUCCAAGACAUGCGAGCCCAUGUCUUUGAUACAAACGUUUCUAAUGAUGAAAUGGGGGAAUCAGAGAGCAAAACCCUAGACUCGAGUGUGCAUGAGGAUGAGAGUCAAUGCACAUUUAACCGGCAGAUUGGGACUAUGAGCCAAGAGGAAGAUCUGGAGAAGGCUCUCACUCCACCUCAUGUGGUUUGGCGUGAGGCUUUUGAUGCCGCCACCUUGGAUGCUACUGGUGAUGGCAGGUCUUCGAAUGUUGAUAGAGAUGGCAGUGCUACUACAACUGUUUCUUGUGCCUUUGGAUCUAGAUUAGGACGGAGUGGCAUCAGGCAUGCUUGUUAG